UGCCUGCCUGACUGUCAGCUCGCCUCGACCACGUAGCAGCUUCCUGGCAGCAGCCGCUUGUGUCUGCUCUCUCCCUCCUCUCUGACACACACACAUAGUCAGUCAGCACCAGUAGCCCAUGUAGAACCACGUAGCACCAGCUUUGGAUUUUAACCACCAGCCCGAAGUGGCAAUGGAUCUCUUCGAAUUCGACUUUUUCAGAGACUGGGAGCUCGAACAGCCAUGUCAUCUGGAGUCGGAUCGCAGCGCCCUGAAGAGAAGGGAAUGGGAGAGGAGGAACCAGGAGGUCCAACAGGAUGAAGACCUGUUCUCAACCGGAUUCAACCUGUUUGGAGAACCUUACAAAACUAAUAAAGGUGAUGCGUUGGCCAGUCGCGUCCAGAACACGCUGGGUUCCUACGAGGAAAUGAAAGACCUGUUAACCAGCCACUCUAACCAGAGCCACUUGGUGGGAAUCCCCAAAGGCAGCAACAACCUGCAGACCCCGACCACGUCGACGACGGAGAGACCCGCCAUGGAGUCCCAGCUUUUCAACGACGCCCUGAGAGGAGGAACAGGUGGAGGUGGAGGAGGAGCAGAGGGAGGUGGGGAGAAGAGGAUGGCAAACGCAUCUUCCUCGUCGUCAACUUCCAUGCAGCCGCCUGCCGCGACUGCGUCGUCAACGAGCGCCACGGCGAUCCCACAUCAGACUUCUAAAAAGUCCCGGAGCUCCAUGGACUGGUCGAGGGCAGGCCACGGACAGAGCGCCCAGGGGGGGGGCCUCAUUGUGGGCUUGGCACCGAACGGGAUAGGGCCGGUCACGGCGGCCACGAGUGGAAGAGGGAAAAUGUCUUUACUCGAGGAACAGCAAAUGCAAAGGCACGACGAGCUGUUUAGCUCACUCAAAGAUGAACUCGGUCUCAAAGGCGACUCAAGCCCUUCUUCCUCCUCUUCGUCCUCCUCUUCCUCGUCUUCUUCCGGGAGAAGGCACGCUUCCCACCCCUCCAAAACCCUUCCUCUUCCAGAUGGUGGCAAUUUCCGAUCUGCCACCAUGGACGGUGGCCAUUUCAAGUCUUCCACUAACACGGAAAAUGGUGGACAUUUUAAAUCCUCCCCGUUUGAAAACGAGGCCGGCUCCCACCUCUCUACGUCCUCCUCCCCGCUGGCUUCCACCUCGGUUUUGACGACGCCCACCCCCGGCCUGACCACUCCCACGUCUGGACUGACCACCCCCACCUUCCCGCCCGGCAGCCUAUCGGGGAAGCCGAUCGCGAUCCAGCAGAAGCCCACGGCGUAUGUUCGCCCAAUGGAUGGCCAGGACCAGGUGCCGAGUGACUCUCCCCAGCUCAAGCCCCCUCUAGUGGCCACGGAGGGGUUCAACAACAGCCAGGCCUACGGAGGGAACGCCGGGAACGCCAAGAACAAACUGCCAAAACUGAGCCUGGGCCACACAGGGGAGGUCAGCCUACCAAAUGACUCCAGCUGCGUUGAGGAGAUUUUGCGGGAGAUGACCCAUUCCUGGCCUCCUCCCCUCACAGCCAUACACACGCCUGGGAAGGCCGAUCAGACCAAGUUCCCCAUCCCGAGCAAGGAGUCACAGCAUGUGACCUCAGGCUACAACACCCAGAAGCGAUGCACUGUAUCAGCUAACAAGCCUGCUGCGAAAACACCGACUGCACCACAGAAGUCGAUGUUGGAGGACGACCUGAAGAUCAGCAGCGACGAGGAAGAGGCCGAACAGCAGGUUAGCGCCGCUCUUUCAUUCCUCCGUGCGGAUCAUCCAUCUUCUCCAUCCGUCUGUCCUCCAGCCGCUCUUGCGUUCACAUCCAUUACAUUAAGUUCAUCUUGGUAUGCGUGACAUUUACUGACUCGUUCAUCCGUCUAGGAAUCAGCUCAGCCCUCGCAUCAGUCGAUCCAUGCAUCCGAGAGCACCGUUGGGUGUUUCACCCUUUCAGUCACAGGUCAAAAAACGUUGUAUUUUCCUACUUCCAUUUAUCUCCCUCUAUAUUGGACUUUAUUAAGUCUCCUAUUAGUGGAAAAUAUGGAUGGGUGUAUUGAAUUUUUUAAGCAUUAAACGACUCAACCUGCUCAAGGUAAUUUUUAGUCCACUGCCAUUCAUGUCUCCAGCCUUUGUGACUCAAUAGGGGUCAAGGGUCAACACCUAGAACGUGAAUAUGUUACAAAAAGACACAAUAACCAAUAAAUAAUUUAGUAAUCUCUCCCCUCAUAUAAGAAAAGUGGGUCACAAACAAUCUUUGAAGCUGAGAGUAGCGAGCACCAUAACCCCCAAGCCUCACCUACACAGCUGCAACCUAAUGGGUGAAAAGGUAAAUAUGUGGAAGGAAUAGCAAAAACAAUCAUAAGAUUUAGACUGUAACAGCUGGAACUCCUCUUUCUUACAAGUACCUUUAAACUACCCGUCAAUUCCAGGAACUAUGUCACCGGGCUGCGAGUUUACACGAGCCGGUCGGAGUGUAUAUGCAGCGAUCAAAGCAAUGCUUUCCCAUAAAUAAGCUUUUCUUACAGAGUAAUUGUACAAUGUACCCACUUAGAAAGGCUUUAUAGACUUUCUAAAAGCUUGACUGGUGCCACACGAUUCACAUCCACUAAACAGCUCCUCCAGUCGUGAUUUUGAAAGCGAUUGCUUUGUUGAUGUCGCAAAGAGAUAGCUGUGUACAGCAGUGAUUGUUCAUUAUUCUAAUACAUAAUAUAUUCAUUCCCUGAGGCAGAGCCGGGGGCAGACAUAAAUCCGGGGGAGGGAACUCUGAUUACUGCCCAAUAGGCGGAGCACGUGUGCGCAUCGAUCAGGCUGAUUGUACAAUUAUAAACACAUCCUAUCUAUACGUACACAUAUGCGCCUCAGUUAUUGACAGUAGAUUCAGUUCAGUGGGAAUGCAGCCUACCCGGGGAAUGAUUUAGAUAAACAAGCUCUAUUUAGAUGCUGUUUUUAUGGACUUUAAAAAUAUAUUAUUUAAAGUUACUGGUCGAUACGAGCUGUAGAGCAGUUUGUCUUGGCAGGUGCUUAUGUCACGGCGGCGCUGUCCAGAGUGCUGAAGGAAAGGGAGCGGUGGAGGUCGAUUGACAGACAGGUAUCUCCGCCUGCUUGCUUUUCGUGGUUGUAAAUAGAACUGUCGACUGGAUUAGAAAACGACGAGGGAAGUGAAGGGAGGGUCAAUGAGAGAGGGGGAGGGAGAGAGAGAGAGAGAGCUGUUUCUUCGCGCCUCCCCCUGCUGAUUUAAUAGGCCAGACCCCCUGGGGGGCCCGCCCAUAAAGUCAAGCCUGACCUGAGGUAAUGUGCACCACUGAUCUGAUUUCAAUCCUAGAAGGAUGAUGCAAUUUGUGUGGAGCUUGGAGUUUGCCUCCAGAAUCACUAUGAACUCUUAGUGUGUUUGACUCCAAUCGAUUAAUGCAUUGAUCAUUUUAAUACUGAAUUCAAAUGUAGCUUAUACAAUAGAUUAUAAAGUCAGUGGUUUUUUAGACUAUACACGUAGUCUAACUUACAUUUAGAGUAAAAUAGAUGUCACCUCUGGUUUAAAAAAAACAAGAUGGUGACGGCCAAAAUGCAAAACGGCAGUCCACAAACUUCCACUUAUUGUAUACAGUCUACGCCUGAUACCGAUCAACUUUGGAGAUAAUAUGCAUCGUGUUGUUUUUUCAUCCAGAAGAGGCGUUCCCCUCACGUUAGUCCAAUGUCCUUUGGCCAGAGGUCGCGUUUGUCACAUUUUGCGUACGAGCGAUGCGGUUGUCGUGCUCUUCUUGUCUCGAUUUCUUUAGGUAUUGGAAAUUGGCACGGUGGCCCUCUCUCCUCUGAUCAUCAUCAUUGUGCUCUAAUGAUGCCAAAGAUGAGUUGAAAGCAGCCAGUGGGGGUCGUGCUGCUGCCCUCUCCCCGACUGUGCGGACGGAUAUCAGCGCUCAUCAAACAGGCCGCGAGAUAUAUUCUGUUAAUGAAACGAUACCGAUUCCUCUCAUCCCCCUUUAACUCUCCUUCUGAUUGUAUAAUUACAAUGAUGGUAGAUAUUAUGAUUGUAACUGAUGGCAGGUCCGUUAUCGUGGUUGUAGUUAUUAUAAUCAUGCUAAGAGUGGAACUGUUAAUUACAGAUGGAGUGCAUUCAGAACUGUAGCAGAGGGCUUCCUUAAUCAUAGGGGUUACAUGUGAUUGCUCUUAGUAUUAGGAUGAAUAGACGGUUAAUGACAGUUUAUGACAAUUCCUUUAUCCCUCCUUAAACACACAGUGACAUCAAACUGGCCUGGGGAACCAAUCACAGACAUCCCACUAUGACAUCGCUCUGCUAGCUCCCGCAACCCACAAGUAUGGAUUUAUGAUGACUACGGGGUUAGCUGGUCACAGCAAAUCAUACAUGUGUGGAUAAGUUAUGUAUAGGCUCUGGUGUUCAAGAUGAAUCCUCAAAAAUAUGGAAAUGUUUCACAGGAAGAUAAACUAGAGAGACUUUGAUAUAAAAAAAUAUGCCAAGAUAUAACCGUGCAAUUAAGACAGAGACACGGGAUUAGAACUCGUGUCACUGCAUCUCCUGUGGGAAAGAGUCCCAAACCGUCCCCACCGCACAUCGGCCCUCUCGUGUUUUAUCUCGUCGUCAAUCUCUCUCUCUCUCUCUCUUGACACAGACACAGACACAGGGACUGAUCAACAUUAAC